AGUAUUACAGAGUGGACUGGUUACCACAUUGUUUGAUCCGAGUUUAAAAUACUUUCUGAUUAAUGCUAGAGAGUGAACCGAUCAUUUGUUAGGAUCCACCGUAUAAACUAUUUAUGCCAAAGCCCAAGUUUAGACUGGUCAAAUGAUGAUAAUUUAAUUUUAAAAAAAAAUCAAAUCUAAGACUGAUGUGGAUACACACCAAGUCCAAAAAAAAACUAACACUAGACUACCACCGGUUACCCAUAUACUUUCUUGUACUAGUUUCUUUGAGACUUGUGUCUAGUCGAUAAAGUGGGGAAUGACAUUGAAAAUAUAUUUAACUGUGAAUAUAUGGUAAUGGCAAGCAUGAUAGAAGAGAUUAAGGAGACUCAAGAGAUGAUAGGUAUGGCGGGGAAACACAAUAACACGAGGGAUAUCGAGCUCAUCUCUGCAGUUAUGUCAACACCACCAUGGAACGGCUUGAGAAGGCCGACGUUAGGUACCGAAUACCGAUUCGUGAUUGAUGUUGCCAAAACAUUGAAGCCUUCAUCCUUAAUAAGAAUUCUUAAGAAUUGAAGUUCCCCAAUGCUUGUUUUUUUUUCUUCUUGUAAUGAGUUGUCAACCUGAAAAUAAAUUAAUUAUUACACAUACAAGACAACUAAUAACAAAAUAAGUGAAAAGUCAAAGAGGAUAAUAAAUGAAGUGUACGACUUGUGUAUCGUUUGCUUCCAACAAGAGAGGAGACAGUGAAGUUCGAGUUUGUUCCCAAUGCGAAGCACUCCACUCCUUGAUAUGGCUUCUCUUUCUUUACCUCGUACCUUUUACCUCACUUCUCUCUCUCUCUCUUCCCUAGAUCGACCUUAUCUUGUCUUUCAUAGUAUACUACUAUUUUCACAAGCAUAAGUGAUACAUACAAAUGAUUCAACCUCCUUCAAGGUAAACUUUCCUCGACGGAGUGAGUUAUCCCACAUUGAACAAUGUGUAUAUGAAAAAAAAAAAAAAAAAAAAAAAACAAUGUGUAUAUGUAACCAUAUAUUCAGGUUAUGUGUAAAUUCUUAGAAUGAUGUUAUAUGGUGAAUUUAUCAUUGGAAGAUCAGCCUCAAUAUCUCUUUGACAAAUAGAUCCACAUAACAAAUCUAAUCGUGAUAGAUAAGUUAACCAGUGAGGUGGAUAGAAGUAACUUCACAACUAUCAUUAUAUACAUGCUUUGUUGAAAGAAAAAGGACAAAUGUGAUCGUGUGGUACAAACAAGUGAACGGUGACACAUAUGAAUUGAGAGGUCCUUGCUGUUAAACCGCAUCAACCGCUAUCACCGCUUAUGUCUACGAUUUAAAACUAUGAAUUUUUAAUUAAUAAUAACGAAUGUUAUUCGUAUUUGAAUAGUAUACCAUUCAGAAGAGACCAUCACUUAUGUAAUUUACUUAUUUACGUGAAUUUGGUUAUACACUUGUAAGUUGUAACCAUUUUUGUAUAGACUAUACACUUGGUUUCUACAUGGUUGUAAUGGAAACUUAAAAAAAAAAAAAAAAUUUUAAAUAUACAUACGAUGUAAGAGGCAUGCAUGUCACAACACUUGUAUAUACAUCUAUGUGUGUUCAUGUAUAUAUAUAGACAUAUGAAGACUCAUGAAAAUCACAAGAGCCAGUCUCUCACUCUUGCCCACAUAUUGAACCAUCUCUCCUUAAGAAUUCAUGAUGACUUCAUCCCAUCAGAGCCACACCACCAGCUUCAACCCCCGGAGGAUCAAGGCUAAGGCGAAGCCACCACAUCAGAUCAGUCGCAUGGGACCGUCACCGGCGGCGCAGCCGGUACUUAAAUGUCCGAGGUGUGAUUCCGUCAACACCAAAUUCUGUUACUACAACAACUACAGCUUAUCUCAGCCACGCCACUACUGCAAAAACUGUCGCCGUUACUGGACACGUGGCGGAUCCCUCCGUAACGUACCCAUCGGUGGCUCAACCAGAAACAAGAACAAGCCUUCAAGCCUCCAAGUCAUCUCUUCUCCUCCUCCGAUUGUAGCGUCAUUGUCGUCUCACGAGCUCGUUGAUGGGUUUCGUAUGAACAGAGCGAUGAUAGACCCUCCUGCAACGGCGUUUCCAGGUGGAUUCUCUGGCUACAUGUUUUCGUUGGAUCCUAACUACAAUCUUGCAUCUUCUUCUAUCGAGUCUUUGAGUUCUUUAAACCAAGACUUACACCAGAAGCUUCAGCAACAGAGACUCUUCACUUCCAUGUUUCAACAAGAUUCUCCACCGGUUAUGUUUCAUAACGUUGAGCUACUUCCUCCUUCGACGGCGACAACGGAGUGGGCCUUCGAUAGAUCAGCCAUUAGGGGAGCAACAAGUGGCAGUAAUGAAAACAAUGGUGAACGUGAGGGUAAUUUAGGAAGUUGGUACUAUAAUCCUAAUAAUUCUAUGCCCUAGUUCAUUCUAUUAAUUCUCAAUGUCAUUACCAUUAUUAGUCUCUAAAUGUUGUAGCUAGCUUGCAGAAGCUAGAUGAAACAAAUUCAUCAGUAUUAAGUUUCCCCUCUUGUAGUAAAUUUUAACAUAAUAAUUUGGUUGAAAACUGAUAGUAUUCAUCUCUGCAUGUAACCGCUUAAACAUGACAGCAUAUAAAUAUAUUAUUUAUAAAUUUUUAUAUGAAAUUUACAUAUAAUAAGAUGAAGAAGCAAGAGGAACGUGAAGUAGAAGAGGACAAGUUCAGCUUUAGGCAGAGACAAGCGAGAAACUCAUGAACUCUCUUAUGUAUAUAUGUAAGACAUUCUCAUGGAUCAUACAUCCAUCAUCAUUGAGCA